UAAGGAUUCGUUGUAGGGCGGUGCAACAGAUACCUGUAUAUAUCAGUUGGGGUCAACUCCAGAACGCGUUGCCGCUCACUUUUCGUUUGGCUCUGGGCGAAGGGUCCCUUUAGACGAUAUGAUGCAGCUGCUGUACCUGUCGUUGCUGUUUGCGACCCAAUUUUGUUCCAUUGCAAGGGGAAGCUUCGGUCCCUGUAAACAUCAUAAUGUUCAAGAAAAUUUCACCAUGUCUCAGUAUUUGGGAACAUGGUAUGAAAUUGAACGAUCUGGUUCUACUGACAGUGACACCAGGUGCAUUAAGGAAAAAUACUCAAUAAACGAAGAACAUAAGAUUGAGCUCCUGACACAGUAUGUGGAGAAAGGCAAUUCUCUAAAUAUUCAUAAAGGAGAUGUAUUUUACUCUUCUACUGAGAAAAAUCCAGCCAAAUUUUUCUUCAGAAUUACAAAUGAAUAUGAACGGUGGGGCAGUUUUGGCAUGAGUCCAUUGGACCACAUCCUUAUGCCAUACUGGGUAUUGGCCACCGACUAUACAACUUACUCUCUGGUGCUCUCAUGCGCCAGUGCUCUUAUAACGCACCAUGAUUAUAUCUGGAUUUUGGGAAGGGAACGGCAGUUAUCAAAGAAUGUCACUGAUUACCUGCAUGAAAUAUUGAAGACAUCUAAUAUCAAUGUUAAUUUAGUUCCAAUUGAUCAGCAUAAUUGCACUGUAGUGUACUGA